AUGGCAGGUGAUGAAGCAGCAGUGUCGGAUACAAAUUCGUUGAAGCAGUUAUAUCUAGAGUUUAGUGGGAGCACGUCCAUGCACGGUAUUGGUCGAGCUCUGUCCAACAGCAGCACAUGGAAGCGAUGUGUGUGGUCAGUAAUGUUUCUGUUUGGCUUGGGAUUUGCAGUCUAUCAGUUUGUGAUCACCAUGCAGGACUUCUAUACUUAUCCAGUGAACACCGUGGUCACCUUGAAACACGAAACCACAGCAAUUUUUCCAGCGGUUACAAUCUGUAACCUAAAUACAAACAGGAAGUCGAUGAUCGAUUCGGAUCUGCUAGCAGCGCUCGAAUCACUGGAAGAGACAGAAGAGGCUCCAGAGGAGGCUAUUCUGAAAGGGCUGUUGCAGAACGAUUACACUGGCGUCGAGUCAGGGCAUCAGAUGUCAGACAUGCUGAUCAAGUGUUUGUUCAACAGACUGCCUUGCUCGGAGGCCAAUUUCUCACUUUCGAAUACAGUAAGCUACGGUACAUGUUAUACUUUCCAAAUCGAGGACCCUCUUAUUCAGUAUGUAACUAGACCCGGCCCAAAAAAUGGUUUGAUACUGGAGCUCAACAUCGAGCAAUACGAAUAUCUGCCUACAACUUCUUCAGCUGGGGUGAAUGUCAUGGUACAUCCACUCAACGAAAUUCCAUUUCCUGAAGAUGGUGGGAUUUUAGCACACCCAGGUGCCGUGACCAGGGUUGGGAUUAAACAGGAAAUAACACAACGAUUGCCAUCACCUUACAGCAACUGUAUCAGUGCAAACGGACAAAGCAGCUCGCAGCGUAGUUUCUUCCAAAAUACGAAGUAUAUGCAAAAUGCAUGCAUGAAAUCCUGCUAUCAGAUGAGACUGUAUGAAACGUGUGGAUGUUGUGACGUAGACCUGCCAUGUAACUAUUAUGACAUUCUGAGUAUAGAUAGGACAACAACAGAAACAAAUAACAGUCUGCCAUUGUGUGAGACCUUUGAUGAUUUCCUAUGUAAAAUUGAGGUCGAGAUUCUCUUCUUAAAAAGUGAACUGGAUUGCGAUGAACGCUGUCCUCCUGUUUGUGCUAGCACCACAUAUCAUACAGUCGUCUCGACUGCACAAUGGCCUCCUGACUCCAAAAUUGAGAUUUUCUUAGACACUGCAAAAAGCACUUUCUUGCAAAACGUGUCUUUUACGGAGAAUAAUUCUUCUGAAAAAUUUAUCCGCUCCAACUUGUUAAGGCUUGAAAUCUUUUUGGAUAGUUUGGAGUUCAAAGAAUUCACCACACAGGCUAAGUACGACUGGAACUUGCUGCUAGGAACUAUUGGUGGGCUUCUGGGGCUAGGAUUGGGGUUCUCUUUGUUAACUGCCAUGGAAAUAGUCGAGGUGCUGAUUGAGACUGUCUUGUAUUGCGCACACAGAAAGUACCAGAAGAAAAAGAACAUGCAAAUAUGA